CCAUGGUGACAUCAGAGAGCAUUGUGUAUCUGCCUGCUGCUCUUCCUACACUCCAGCACCUAAAUUGUUGAAUUCACUUGCCGCUUCUGGCACAAAAUACGGAUUAGCAAAACCACGCCCCCUCCUCGCGCGUUCCCUUUCUGUCAGAGAGGCGGGGCCAGAGCUCUCAGUCUCCGGGUUCCCGAGCGAUUCGCUCUGCUCUGAGAAGACGGGUACGCGCAAUUUUGCGCGCUCUUUCCACGGGCUUGAACCCCUCCUCCUCUGAGCCGUGACCCCUCCCAGCAGCGGGUCGUGCUGAGCCUCAGGAGGCGGGGGCGCGCACGAACCCGUGCCGGCGUCUGAAUGAGAGAGAAGAGAAACAGCCAGAACAACGGCCCGGAGCUCCCGGGAACGGCGCUGACACAGAUAUCGCGGACAGCAGGCUGAAACGACACCGGCCAGGAUGCCCCAUCCGUGGAGAUGAGAUGACUGUCACAUUAGAGCGCACACUGAGGAAGGGGUGAGCACUGAUGGUGCGGGAAGGAUGGACUUUAUCAACGGCCAGUCGAGCAAUACUGCUCUAACAACUACUGCGUCAGAGAAAAGCAGCAGCUCGGAGUCCUUAAGUGAUAAAGGCUCAUCUGAGCUCAAGAAAAGCUUUGAUGCUGUCGUGUUUGAUGUCCUCAUGGUUACUCCAGAAGAAUAUGCUGGUCAGAUAACACUAAUGGAUGUUCCUGUUUUUAAAGCAAUUCAGCCAGAGGAGUUAUCAAGUUGUGGUUGGAAUAAGAAGGAGAAAUACAGUUCUGCACCAAAUGCCGUGGCUUUCACAAGACGUUUUAAUCAAGUGAGUUUUUGGGUGGUCAGAGAGAUCCUUCACGCACAAACGUUAAAAAUCCGGGCUGAAGUUUUGAGUCAUUACAUUAAAACUGCCAAGAAACUGUAUGAGUUGAACAACCUGCAUGCGUUAAUGGCCGUCGUAUCUGGACUGCAGAGUGCUCCCAUCUUCAGACUUACCAAGACGUGGGCUCUUUUGAGUCGCAAGGAUAAGACCACGUUUGAGAAACUGGAGUAUGUAGUCAGUAAAGAAGACAAUUAUAAAAGGCUCAGAGACUACAUCAAUAGCUUGAAGAUGACUCCUUGUAUUCCUUACCUAGGUAUUUACCUCUCUGACCUCACGUACAUAGACUCGGCGUAUCCUUCCACCGGCAGCAUCUUGGAAAAUGAGCAGAGAUCGAACUUGAUGAACAACAUUCUGAGGAUAAUCUCUGACCUGCAGCAGUCUUGCGAAUAUGAGAUCCCUAUCCUGCCCCAUGUACAGAAAUACCUGAACUCUGUGCGGUACAUUGAGGAGCUUCAGAAGUUCGUAGAGGAUGAUAAUUACAAAUUAUCUUUAAAAAUAGAACCUGGAACCAGCACUCCUCGUUCUGCUCCUUCUAAGGAAGACUUAGAAGGUCCAGGUCCAGAGGUAGGAGCCUCACCUCAAAGUUCCAGAAAAACCAUUCCAGUGGAAGGAGUAUUACUGCCACCAACACCACCUUCUCCACGGAACCUGAUCCCACACGGACACCGCAAGUGUCAUAGUCUGGGAUACAACUUCAUCCAUAAAAUGAAUACAGUAGAGUUUAAAAGUGCCACCUUCCCCAAUGCUGGACCCCGGCAUCUUCUAGACGACAGUGUUAUGGAGCCCCACACACCUUCACGAGGGCAGGCAGAAAGCUCUACUCUUUCCAGCGGAAUAUCCAUAGGGAGCAGCGAUGGGUCAGAGCUCAGUGAAGACAUGUCAUGGCCAGCUUUUGAAAGGAACAGACUAUACCAUUCUCUGGGUCCGAUGACAAGAGGGGCAUGGAAUGGAUACCGAGGGCCAGUGCAGGCCAGCAGGACCCCUCGUGUUCUGCAUUCUAUACGCAGGCUCAAAAUGUCAUCUUUAACUCGGAGCUGCGUUCAGCUGCGCAGUUCCAGUUCUGCGGACUCUACAGAGCUGGCCGUGCAUUUAUAUCCCGGAGCGGUGGCUAUACAAGGGGUGCUGCGCCGGAAAACGUUGCUUAAAGAAGGAAAGAAGCCAACAGUUGCAUCUUGGACCAAGUAUUGGGCCGUACUGUGUGGUACACAGCUGAUCUACUACGCCGCAAAAUCCCUGAAGGCCACAGAGAGGAAACAUUUCAAGUCCACAUCUACAAAAAAUGUUUGUGUUUUGGGCUGGAUGGUGAUGAUGGCUGAUGAUCCGGAACAUCCUGAUCUUUUUCUGUUAACAGACUCUGAGAAAGGAAACUCUUACAAGUUCCAGGCCGGUAAUCGUGUGAAUGCCAUGUUGUGGUUCAAACACCUUAGCUCUGCCUGCCAAAGCAACAGACAACAGGCUCCUGCCAAUCUGAUGACCUUUGAGUGAUGCGGCACAAAUAUAGACAGUGAUUUAGGAUUGUGGAAUCUACCAAGAAACAUACUUUAUGACAAGGAGCUACAGUUGUCUUGAAGCUUUGAGCCAUACGUCCGCAGGACUCCACAUCCUUUUUUUUGGCAACAGCACCUUAGAGCUAUGAACAAAACAGACUGACAGCCGGAAAUACAAGGCAAGCGCCUGUGCCCGACCAUAUCCGUUAAUAACUAGUGGGGGCAAAAGACCUGCAGACGUGGACAGGAUCAGCCAUGGACCUCAUCUUGAGUUUGCUUAUGUAUAUAUUUAUAUAUACGCAUAUUUUUUUUUCCUGACAGCGUUCACUGAACCAAUCUGUGCAAACCACUGCCUUAAAGACAAACUUUAAAAGAAACUGUGCGUCUUGAACUGUGACACCAAAUACUGCGUGUGCGAGCGAGUGCAUUCACACGGGUGUUACGCACGCCUUUGUGAUUUGAGUUGUGUUUUGUUUUUAACUUUUAUUAACUGUCAAACUCACUGAUUUGGGGAAGGAAACCGAUGGGUCGUGGGAUUUUUUUUUUAUACGAAAAAAGUUUUCUCUGGGAAAACAGGAAAAACAUUCUAGGAAGGACAGUGUUACUGUAGGAUAAACGCUAGUAUUCUAGUUUAGGGUUGUGUGACGUUUCGGGAGGUGUUGGUUGAGGGUUAUGUUCACUGAAGCAUUUGUUGGAAAUCCGAUUCAAAAGAUAGAGCCAGAGAAGGAUGGAAACUACUGAUGCGGAGAGGUCUCUGGAAGGUGUAUCGUACUGGUGCGAGGGCAUGUUGUGUCCUCCUGAAAGCUACAAACACGUGCUUGUUACAGCGGCUGGGGAUUUGGUCUCUUCUGUAGGAAUAUUUGAGACGGUAUCUGUGUCACCCAUUGCUACAUACACAGAAAAAUCCCACUUUUUAUGAAUUGUUUUAGUUUUGUUUACUUUUUCUAACUUAUUCUAACCAAAAGGCGAGUUCACUUUAU